AGGAAAAGAAGGGUGGUGCGAGGGGCGGAGCACGGCUUCUACAGAGGACAAGGAUCGCUCUCUCAUCCUGCAGGUCUGACUUCUACCAAAAUGAGCGGCAAGGAUGGGGACCACACCGUUCCUGUCGCUAAAACCUGCGGCCUUGCUGCUCCUGAGCAUGCUCCAGGACAUCCGGACCUGAACCAGCGUCAGAGCGAGGAAACCGAGGCGACACAGGUGAUGGCGGACACAGGUGAGGGCAGUUUGGAGACUGCCGCGGAGGGAGGCGCAUCUCGGGCCCACUGGGGCUGUGGCCCUGUGCUCCGCAUUCGAGUUGCUGCGAGUCGCAGCCGUGCAACGGCUACAAUGGGCCAGAAAGAGGCUCCGCCACCCACGGAGGGCCUGGACGCAGCCUCUGCCUCCGCCUCGGUGGCUACAGACAAUAGUCCGGAAAAUGGCUGUCAGCCUAGAGAGCCGAGCGGCUCUGCUGGAGAGAAAGCUCUAGAAGCCUGUGGCGCAGGGCAUUUAGGGUCUCUGAUGCUGCUGUCUGGGGCAAAGGCCAAGGAAUUGACGUCAAAAAAGUGCGCCAUCUCAGCGACAGCAGAAAAGGAGGGAGUAGCAGAAGUGGGGGUGGAAGAAAAGGUGAUUCAGAAGGAGAAAAAGGCGGUAGGAGGAAUGAAAGAGGAGACACGCGCCAGGGGCCCGAAGAUCAAUAACUGCAUGGACUCGCUAGAGGCCAUCGAUCAGGAGCUGUCAAACGUCAAUGCCCAGGCCGACAGGGCCUUCCUUCAACUGGAGCGCAAGUUUGGCCGGAUGCGAAGGCUCCAUAUGCAGCGCAGAAGUUUCAUUAUCCAGAAUAUCCCAGGUUUCUGGGUCACUGCUUUUCGGAACCAUCCCCAGCUGUCACCUAUGAUCAGUGGCCAAGAUGAAGACAUGAUGAGGUACAUGAUCAACUUGGAAGUUGAGGAGCUUAAACACCCUAGAGCAGGCUGCAAAUUCAGGUUCAUCUUUCAGAGCAACCCCUACUUCCGAAAUGAGGGGCUCGUCAAGGAAUAUGAGCGCAGAUCCUCUGGCCGGGUGGUGUCUCUUUCCACUCCAAUCCGCUGGCACCGGGGCCAAGACCCCCAGGCCCAUAUCCACAGGAACCGGGAAGGGAACACCAUCCCCAGUUUCUUCAACUGGUUCUCAGACCACAGCCUCCUUGAAUUCGACAGGAUUGCUGAGAUUAUCAAAGCAGAACUGUGGCCCAACCCCCUACAGUAUUACCUGAUGGGUGAAGGGCCCCGCAGAGGAAUUCGAGACCCAGCAAGGCAGCCAGUGGAGAGCCCCAGGUCCUUCAGGUUCCAGUCUGGCUAACUCCUGAUCUGUGAGAAGCUCCUGCACAAGUCUCCUUACCACCUCCUCUUGGAUUCUGUGCUUAGCCAACAGCAUGCAAUUUUCCAUCUGCUUUCUCUUCACACUGGAUUGUUUUGUUCUUUGGUUCUUCUAAAUCUUCAAUCAGUGUCAAGAUUGUUGCUUACAUGCCUAUGCUCCUUUUCCUCUGGGCUUUGGUGCUGUUCUGCAAAGUGUUCCGUGUUCCAAGUGCAUGGUCUCCCACUGCUUCUCUGCCAAGCACAUGCCAUAGAUAUGCACUGACUUCCUUUGCAUGCCUUGGGCGUUCUCUGUGACUAUGGUCUUUUCCCAGUUUUUUGAGUGUUUACCACAAGGAAGCUUAAUAUAUAUCUUUGCAAAUAACUACCUGGGCUUCAUAACGAUGCUGGCUCUGUUCCUCAUACCCUGUACUCUAUGGUGAGCUCUCUGAGUGUCACCACUGUAAGAUGAAGCUGAUACAGAUGAUGCCAGCCAUCAACCCAAACUGGACAUUCCAAGCUAUCACUAACUGGUUCCCAGCUGCUUUCCUGAGCCUGUGCCAUCCAGCCUGCUGGUUAUUUGACAGAAUAAGCAGGUGGCUGAUGGGUGGCUACUAGGCAUGAAUGAGGUAACAGAUGUGUUCUGUUAUCAUGUUGAUCUCCUUAAUGCCCUUGGUCACUCUACAUCGUGACCAGGUACUGGUGAGUAUGAAAGCCUGUGCUGUGGCCCACCCAAACCUAUUCUCAGCUUUUUGGAUGAGCUUUGCACAGUCACCAUGGCCUCCCUCCUCAGGAACUAUCGUUGGACUUAAGCCCCCAGGCAGCGCACAGGAACUACUCCCUUCCCAAAUGAUUACCGAGAAACCCAAUUGACUGUUGGGAUGGUUGGGCAGUCACUUGUGACAGUGCCUAAAGCAAGGCUGGAAUGGGGGUCCCUUCCAACAGUUAGCCUUUCUGAGUCCUAGACAAUAAACCACCCAGGAGCACCGAGGAAGAUGUAUUUUUGGUCUGUCUUCCUCUCCCUCCUUCCCCAGUCUCCUUGCCUUUGUUUCCCCCUCCCUCCUCCCCCUGCCCUGCUUCCUUCCUCUCAUAAGCAGUUACUGCUCAGAAACAGACAAAAGGUGGGACAGCAGUGCUGUCAGGGCUGUCUCAUGGAGGGGUUUGGUGGUAGUGAUGACAUCCACCCUUCUUUCUCCUUUAGUUUUGAAGGCAUUGCCGUAAGUUCCCCGAGGGCUUGGGAGGUCUAGAUACAAAGCAGUGGGGAGGGUACUCUAGCUGGAGAAACUGAAAGCGCAAAUGCAAAAAUGAGCCUGCUGUGGAGAGUGUUUGGAAAGGCAGUCAGGGAAGAUGAUCCCUGCAGGGUCAGGGGUGAGAGGGGAGGCCCCAGUGCUCUUCCCAGUAAAGGCAAGAGAAUCAAAGUAGUUAAUGUUUAAAGAGGAUGCUUGGAGGAGAGAUUUCCUUCAAUUUUUCCUAUAUCCUUGAAUUCACCAGAUUUUUAUACACAAAAAUCCAAGUCUAGAUGUUUUCUCUUAUUCUAGGAAUGACCUUGUAUGUGGAAAAUUAAUGGUAUAUGCUCCUUAUUUCACUGUGAAUAAAGUCCUAUUAAUUCCUUCAUUUUUGCUUGCUGGCAAAAUUGACAUUUACAGGCUUGCUUUUUGCUUGUAAUUGAGAAUGUGUUCAAAAAUAUCAAACUUGUUUCCUGUGCAGUAUGAAGACUUUAAUAAUGUAUCAGCUUGUUCUGGUCUCUUCAUAUGUAGCUCUAUUCUUAGAAAUAUGAUUUAAAUAAUGUGAUCUUUGAAGAGUCUGAAAUUUUGCAAAUUGUCGCUGUCUUGUGAAAGUAAUCCCAAGAAGAAAAACAUAACUCUGUCUUACUUGAUAUUUCUUGCCUUAGUAGUAAUGUGGUACUUGGUAUUUAUGUUCCUAACCUGUGUAAGUACUUUAGAAUUGCUCUGUCAAACUAAACAAGAAUUGUUAGUACUUUUGUCCUCUAUGUGCUCGAAGAAAAAAUAAAAUCUGUCACUCUGCUGUA